AUGAGGAUGCGGCUGCCAUGGGGAUGCUGGCGGAGAGGCUGCGGGUGCGGAAGGAGCGAGCAGCGGGAGCUGGCGAGGUGGGCUGGGACGUCUUCAGCCUGCACUACAAUCCAGCAGCCGGCCUGCCCGCCGGCGGAGGCUCCGGAGCCGCCGCCACCCCUCCCGUUGCCGCCACCUCUGGCGGCCCCCUCUCCGCGCUCUUCACCCCUACCGUGAUGUUGUCGUACAACCGCCUCGCGAGGCUGUUGUGGCGGUUGAAGCGUGCGGAGCAUGCGCUGUCGGCCACGUGGGGGGUGGCGGCGUGCGGGUUGCAGCGUAUGGUGGAUAAGAUGGGGGCAGACGGGCAUCCCGUGCAGCCGGUGUUGGCGCUGCUGCUGCGGCUGCGCUCCGAGAUGAGCCACUUCGCCACCAACCUGCAGUACUACAUCCAGUUCGAGGUCAUGGAGGCGUCGUGGCAGGAUUUCUAUGCCCGUGCUGCCGCCUGUGCUGACCUGGACUCCCUCAUCUCCGCGCAUGAGGCCCACCUUGCCACCCUGCUGCGUAAGGCCCUGCUGGCCACCGACACCACCACCACCAACAACAACAACAACACGUCGGCGCCAGCCGCCAACAACAGCAGCAACAACAACAUCUACGUCUCCAACACCGCUGGUGGUGGUGGUGAUGUAGAUGGCAUGGAUGUGGACAGUGGGUUGGGUGCAGGUGGAGGCGGAGGAGGAGGAGCGGCGGGGGGUCCGAGUGCCACUGCGCUUCGGAGGGCGCUGCAGGACGCCCUGACGAACAUGGUCGCCCUCCGAGCCAUCGCAGCGCGCCUGGAGGAGACGGUG